AUGCUUCUAGUCAUCUACCCUGUCCUCGUUGUGUACGCAUUCACAUUUGCCGAUAUCCAAAGUGUCUUUGGUGCCGCAUUACUUGUGAUUAUUCUAUUGUUGUUAGCUUGUGACUGGAUCACUCUGCAUAGACGAGUGCCUGCCAUCUUGUGGAUAGCCAUCGAUGUGGCUCUGGUGGGAACCUUGAUCGUACUCUGCACGAUUGUCGAUUCUGAUGACUCUUGGUGGGAUGCCGACUAUUACAUUGACCUGCCACAGGACCUCAAUGUCUGGCAGCAACUCGCCUGGGCUUCAUACCCAUUCUUCUAUACUACACUCUGGAUCCCGAGGGUUGUCGGGGGCCUCUAUGUCAUAUACUUAUUCACCAUGUCCUGUCGAAACUGGAAGAUCGAUGGCCAUCCAUUCAGACGCUUCUUUGCAACGCAGACAACACUAUCGUCGCCGAGACCUCGAGGCUCAGCGCCCUUACGAUGGAUUGCGGGAAGGCGGCGCAGCGAGGAGGAGAAGCACGCAGUCAAGCAGAAAUGCACUCAAGCCUUCUUUAGAUAUUCCUUGUUUCGAAAACACCCAUUCGAGCCUGCUCUCCUAGGGAUUGUGCGCGGACUAGUCGCAAUGUGGGCCACACUAGGACUCCUAGGCUACCUAGUUUUCCUCAUUUACCAGCAGCAAACAACGGCAAGCAGUACAAGCACUAUCAACAGGUCACUGGUUUCCAUCGAUGCGUCCGGUUGGGACGAAACCAUUAAACAGUGGGUCUACCUCGGCUACGAUGUCUCCGAUAUAUUCGUAGAAACAACUUCGAGCGAAUUGGAGGGAAAGAUCACUAUUCAAUUGAAUGGUGUCAGUAAACCCCCUAACGAUUGCAACGGAACCACGGCGAAUUGGUCGCUUCCCCCGUACUCUACCAUAGACUGUCUAUACCUCUCUUAUAUCGGAAAUGAGCCUCUAUCUGUUUGGAUACUUGGUUCCAUCGGUGGCAAGCAGGAUGAAGUUUUCCCAGUCGCCCGUAACUACACAAGCCCAUUCACUCUCCAACCGAAUACGCAUGUAGUAGGUUCGGUAACAGUGACGAAGAGAGAGUAUGGGAAAACAAAAUGGUUCGCUUAUACCCCACGCACAAACUCCCCGGAUAUCAGCACAUUUGCGUCAAAUACUUCGUCGAUGAAUCUGAAUACCUCACUUCCUGCUUCGACGGAGUGGAUCAUAUCAGAAGAAAUUGUUCACACCUCGAUCGCAGGAGAAGCACUCAAAAUCAUAUCCACCAUUGGUGGUAUUCACGUCGUCGUCAACGGUAUAUUCUUCGUCAUAUUCGGCAGAAGCCUUCUGGCUGUGCUCUUUGGUGGAAAGCCACUCUCCCCGUUUGGGGUCAGUGGGCUCUUUCCUUCUUUCAGAGACAGAAUACACAAACAUUAUCCUGUGAUGGAGGAUGAUUUGAAAGCAGGAGGAAUGGCGAGUUUCGUUGAGGAAGUGGCAAUGGAUAUUGGUGUCCUUCGGGUGCCAAAAAGACGGCCAAAUGUUCAAUCUUCAUCCGAGGCAACCGUGUCCAACAAUAGCGCUGAGAUGCAGCCUCUUAGAGUACCAGGUGAAGUUAUUGAGCGGUUUGGGGGAACGGCCUAG